CCUAUAUAUUUCUUGCUCGCUCUCCGGAAGCCAAAUCGCUAAGAAAAACCACAAAGUAAGAAAAGCCAUAAUUCAAGAGAAAGGAAAAAACAUGUCCUGUCCCGACUGUUUCCGCGGCAGCGCCAACAUCCACUCCGGCACCCCAACCGGCCAGGACACCACCAUCCACAACCUCAAAUGCUACAUCGCGACCCCUCCCAACCCCUCCCCUUCAACCUCCACAAUCCUCUUCCUCCCCGAUGCAUUCGGCUACGAAUUCAUCAACAACCGCAUCCUGGCCGACGCCUACGCCGCUCAGACGGGCUUCCGCGUGCUCAUCCCGGACGUCAUCCCAGGCGGCGCAUGCUCCACCUCCGUCAUGCUCGACAUGGACCACCUGGACGACCCAGUGAAAUGGUGGGACGUGCCGCGGCAAUUGGCGCGCGCGUGGGCGGUCGUGAAAUUGAUUUUCAACUUCGCGCCGUUUCUGAUCCGCGCGAGCCCGUACAAGACGUACCCUGCGAUGCUGGAGUUUGCGAGGAAGUUGAAGGCGGAGAGUAAGGCGGGCGGCGGGAAGUUGGGGGUGUGUGGGUUCUGUUGGGGUGGGUUGCCGUCGACGUUGUUGUGUAAGGAGCCGGCUGUUGAGGGCGGGAGCGAGAGGCUCGUUGAUGCGCAUUUCACGGCUCAUCCGAGUCGGGUGGAUGCGCCGGGGAUGAUUGUCGAGGCGGUGCAGAAGUUCAAGGUCCCGUAUUCGCUGGCGAUUGGGGAUAAUGAUUUCGUCAUGGCGAAGGGGGAGGUGGAGAAGACGGAGGCGAAGCUCAGGCAGGUGGUUGGAAAGGGCGAUGGAGAGAAUGGGUUUCAUUAUGAGGUCGUGACGUAUCCCGGAUGUGGGCAUGGAUUUUCGGUCAGGGCGAAGUUGGGGGAUGAGGUCGCUGCGAAAGGGGCGGAGAAGGCAUUGGAGCAGGCAGUUGCGUGGUUCAAGCGGUGGUUGUGAGAGUAUUAUACUUGGAGAGAUCGUAUGCUUUGCUUGGUCCAUUUGUCUCAGUUUGACUGCGAGAAAUGUGUUGGAAGUUGAUUCAGGUCGACAUGAUUUUUUUGAAGGAAUGAAAGUCGGCUAUAUCCUAUAUAGUAGUCAAUAGCUAGAUUUGUUUAAAGGAAUGAAAGUCGGCUGUAUCCUAUAUGGUGGUGGAUGACUGAAUACCCA